AUGGCGCAACAAGAACUAGAUGUCACGUACUACUACAAUUACCUCUUCAUGGCCACCGUCCUGCUACUCCCCAUCCUCCUCAUGGCCAUGUUCAGACCGCCGCGCAAGCACGACGGCGAGAACCUUCCCCCGGGGCCAUGGCGGCUGCCGGUCAUCGGCAGCAUGCACCACCUCGUCGGCGCGCUCCCGCACCACGCCAUGCGUGACCUCGCCCGCCGUUACAAUGCUCCUCUCAUGCUGCUCCGCCUAGGGGAGGUCGACGUCGUUGUGGCCUCGUCCGCCAGCACGGCGAAGGAGAUCAUGAAGACCCACGACGCAACAUUUGCCACGCGGCCGCGGACCGCCACCCUCCGUGCCAUCACGAGAGACGACCUCGGCAUCUCCCUUGCACCACACGGCGAGCACUGGCGACGCCUCAAAAAGCUCUGUGUCACCGAGCUACUAAGCACGCGGCAAGUCCGAUCCCUCCGGGGAUGCCGCGAGGCCAAUGCCGCCGCCCUAGUCUCCUCCAUCGUCUCGUCGCUAUCGUCCUCGUCGGAGCCCGUGAACGUCAGCUCCCUCCUCAGCACCCACGUCACCAACUUUGCGGUGCACGCCGUGGUGGGCAACCGGAACGGGGACCUCCGCGAUGAGUUCCUGAAGGUCCUCGAUGAGGGCGUCAAGCUGGCUGCCGGGUUCAGCCUUGCCGACCUGUUCCCAUCGUCGCGCCUCGCACGUGUGUUUAGUGGCUCGACGCGUCGGCUGGAGGAGAUAAGCCACGAGUUAAGCCAGGUCAUAGACGGCAUCAUCGAGGACCAUCGCACGAGGAGGUCGGCCGGUGCCGGCGACGAGGAAGAAGACCUCGUGGACGUGCUGCUGAGGGUCCAGAAUGACGGUAGCCUCCACGUGCCUCUUGACGUUGGAAACAUGCGUGCCGUGAUUACCGAUAUGUUUUCGGGGGGAAGCGAGACCUCGGCGACGACACUCGAGUGGGCGAUGGCGGAGCUCAUGCGAAGCCCGGUGGCACUACGAAGGGUGCAGGCAGAGGUGCGUGGUGCUCUCAUGGGAGAGAGUUGCGUCGGUGAGGAUGCGCUGAAGGAGCUGCACUAUCUGCAUCUAGUAAUCAAAGAGACACUUCGACUACACCCGGUGGUGCCACUCCUCCCCCGGGAGUGCCAGGGACCCUGUCGCAUCCUCGGCUACGACGUGCCGAAGGGAGCCAUGGUGUUUGUCAACGUAUGGGCGAUCGGGCGGGAUUCUGCGAGCUGGGGCACCGAUGCGGAGGAGUUCAGGCCGGAGAGGUUCGAGGAGGCUGCUGACGCGGCGGUGGACUUCAGGGGAACGAACUUUGAGCUCGUGCCAUUCGGUGCUGGCCGGAGGAUGUGCCCUGGGAUCACGUUUGGGCUGGCGGUCUUGGAGCUCAUGCUAGCGAGCCUGUUGUUCCAUUUCGAUUGGGAGCUCCCUGGAGGAGGCGCCGGUCGGCUGGACAUGGUGGAGGAGCUCGGGAUGACGGCGAGGAGGAAGGGCGACCUGUUGCUGCAUGCCUCCGUUCGUGUGCCUGCUCCUAAUCCAUGAAUAUUCAAACACGGCAAUAUCUUAUAGCCUUUGUUGUCUUUGUAGCUAAAUAAAAUGAAUCAGAGAAAAGAGUACUUAAUGUUUUAUUAUGCAAUCCAGGGUCUAAGUUGUUUGUUUAGUGUCUGUGUGUGUUUCACUGUUGUAUUAUCAGAGCACCAUUGUCAGUAUUGUCUAUCACAGGAACUCGAUGCACUCCGGUGCUUUGUCAUGUUAUCUAAGGUG